AAACUGAAGCCUCUGUCUUCUUUCCAUUGCCUCCCAGAUCUAAACAACUAGGGUUACACUGGAAAAAGUCUGCACUUGGGAACAUACGUGGCUCCCGCUGGUUCCCCAAAAACUAGGAGAGUCCACCAGCAACAAUGGCUGCUGCUCCAAAAAUUCUUAAACCUGUAAACCCCGAUGAAGACUGGACUCUUGUUCUACCUCGCAGAGGCAAACAGAGGCGGAGCAAUCUGCCCAAGAUUAAAACCUUAGAACAACAGCAACAACAACUGUCACAGCCACAACCUUGGACACCAAUGGAUCUUGAAACUGAUCCAAAAAGAGAAUCAAAACUGAUGCAAAAGAUUCACAUGUGCAUGGAGAACCUAAAGAAAACUGAAUUCUACCGUACUUUCCUUGAUCAAAUCCAAGCUCCUCAAAUCAUUGGUCACUUUUCUAGGGUCCUGGGUUGUGAAACUAAACUGCAGAUGGUAAUAUAUGGGAUUGGCAGCAUUGAAUCAUAUGAUCCCCCAAGAUUGCAGCUAAGCCUUGCAAUCUUGAUCAAGAGAAAGUUUGAUUGGAUUGGAGAUAUUGAGAUCUUUGAUCCAGUCAUUUCAACUACGGAAGCUAGGGUCUUGGAAGCUUUGGGUUGUCAUGUUUUAUCUGUAAAUGAACAAGGACGAAGACAAGCAUUGAAGCCUACAAUAUUCUUUAUGCCACACUGUGAGGCCAUUUUGUAUGACAAUCUGUUACAAGCAAAUUGGAAAGCAGGGUUUUUAACUAAGAUGGUGGUGUUUGGGAAUAGCUUUGAGAGGUAUGAGCAACAUGUGUUGGAUUUCAAGCACUCUGUUGUUGGAGAUUCAGUAAAGCAUGUUUUGGAUAGCAGAAGGUUUAUAAAUGAAGUUAAGAUUGAAACCUUUUCCGAUGAUUUUUUUAGAGCUUUCCAUGAUUCAAGCUGGCAUUUUUUCUACAUAGAUCAGAAAAUGGAGCUCCAAACCAUCCAAUUGUGAA